AGGGAGGAGAAGCAGCUCUUAGCAUCUCCAGUGAAAGCGGUUUUCGACUCACCUAGUUUGCCCGAGGAGGAAUCACCCGGAUUUUUUUGCUGCAGCUUUUUUGUGCAUCUCUGUGAUUUUUCUCCGGCGGGGACUUUGCGGCGUUCCAGAUUCCCAGCGGGAUUGGACAUCCUAUCCAACUCCUCUCUCUCUGUUCCUGGAGGAUCCUGGUUCUCUCUGGGACUCCCCUGAACACGUGAGACCGGCGUUUCCAGCUUGGCACCGGGAGAAAUUUGCCUACAACUCUCUCUGGGAUCCACGUGGACAGACCAGCUCGCUCUGCGGUGAUAUCUGAUUGGGUUGUGUUUGUGUCCAAAAGUCCUUGGAGGGGGGUUUAGAAGUCUCUGUGUGUCUCUCAGGAAGUGUUGUGGUGGGGGUUUUUUGGGAUCCAGCUUUAGUGCCAGGGGCUUAUUACCCAGUUCUUUCUGUGUUUGCCACUCGCACGGUCGGAGCCAUGCAGCUGGACAAUGUCACCAGCGCGGGCGUCCACUCCUUCCAGGGGCACCGUGGAGUUGCCAACAAGCCCAAUGUGAUCCUGCAGAUAGGGAAGUGCAGGGCAGAAAUGCUGGAGCAUGUCCGGAGGACCCACCGGCACCUCCUGACAGAGGUCUCCAAGCAGGUGGAGCGGGAGCUGAAGGGGUUGCAGAAAUCCGUGGGGAAGUUGGAGAACAACUUAGAGGACCACGUCCCAACCGAGAACCAGAGAUGGAAGAAGUCCAUCAAGGCCUGCCUGAUCAGAUGCCAGGAGACCAUUGCCCACCUGGAGAGGUGGGUCAAGAGGGAGAUGAAUGUUUGGAAGGAGGUCUUUUUCCGCCUGGAAAAGUGGGCUGACCGCCUGGAGUCCAUGGGAGGCAAAUACUGCCCUGGGGAGCAGGGCAAGCAGACGGUGUCCGUCGGGGUGGGAGGCCCGGAGAUAAGGCCGAGUGAGGGGGAGAUUUAUGAUUAUGCCCUGGACAUGAGCCAGAUGUAUGCCCUGACCCCUCCUCCCGGGGAGGUGCCUAGCAUCCCCCAGGGCCACGAUUCCUACCAGUGGGUCUCCGUAUCGGAGGAUGCUCCAGCCUCCCCGGUGGAGACCCAGGUGUUUGAGGAUCCCCGGGAAUUCUUGAGCCACUUGGAGGAAUACUUAAAGCAGGUGGGUGGAACAGAGGAGUAUUGGCUGUCUCAGAUCCAAAACCACAUGAACGGCCCAGCUAAAAAGUGGUGGGAGUACAAGCAGGACUCCGUCAAAAACUGGGUCGAGUUCAAGAAGGAGUUCCUGCAGUACAGCGAGGGAACUCUGACUAGGGAUGCCAUCAAAAGGGAGCUGGAUUUGCCCCAGAAAGAGGGGGAGCCCCUGGAUCAGUUCCUCUGGCGCAAGAGAGACCUGUACCAGACCCUCUAUGUGGAUGCAGAUGAGGAGGAGAUCAUCCAGUACGUGGUAGGCACCCUCCAGCCCAAACUGAAGCGUUUCCUGAGCUACCCCCUGCCCAAGACCUUAGAGCAGCUGAUCCAGAGGGGGAAGGAAGUCCAAGGCAACAUGGAGCACUCUGAGGAGCCCAGCCCACAGAGGACCCCUGAGGUUCAGCCGGGAGACUCCGUGGAGACCGUGCCCCCCUCAACCACCGCCAGUCCCGUGCCGAGCAAUGGGACUCAACCAGAGCCCCCCAGCCCCCCAGCCACUGUCAUAUGAGCUCCCCUCAGCGGGGUCUGGGUUCCGUGGAAGGGAGAAAGGGGGCUUAUUUAGGAAGCUUCUCCUUGGAGGGAAGUUCUGGCUGAGACCUGAGGAGCGCUCGGUCCAACAGCCCGGAGCAGAGGGAUUGGCUUUGCUCCUGGGGGGAGGGAGGUGGUGGGGGAGAGGCACCCCAGGACGGGGCUGCCCCCCUCACCCAGGCCGUGCCAUGCUGUGGUGCUGGGGACCCUGCUGGCACCACUGCGGGGAACAGCCAAUUUUAUGACAAUUCCCUGACAAGAAACUAGAGACAAUCCCCAACUUGAGAAGCGGCCGCUCGGCGCUGGCAGCUCUCAAGGACUUCACAGGAGUGCAGCAGUUGGUGGAGGGUUCCUACCCAUCUGGAUCUCUCUUUUUCCUUCUCUCCUCCCUCGUCUGAGAG